UAGAGGACUUAACCCAAAAAGACUUGGGCCUAAAUCUACAUUGGGCCAACGAUUAUAUUCGUAGUUUUUUCGUGUCAUAUUAACUUGCCGUGUAAUAUUUGUUUACUUGUAUUUUUUGUUAGUUCUAGAAAGAAAGCAACAUUAAUUGAGGAGGAGGAGAUUGGUUGUUGUUGACGACGCGUUUCCGCUCACUAAUUUUUUUUAACCUUUUUGUGUCUCCGUCGUCUUUUGAUCUUCAAUCUCAGUUUUGAGCUGAAGAUUAUCGUAUCGACCUGCGAUUCUCUUCAGAUCGAUAAUCCAUGGCUGCAGCUGGAAACAAGAGCAUUAACGCCAAAUUGGUGUUGCUUGGAGAUGUUGGUGCUGGAAAAUCAAGUCUUGUGUUACGGUUUGUCAAAGAUCAGUUUGUUGAAUUCCAGGAAUCAACCAUUGGUGCUGCUUUUUUCUCACAAACGUUAGCUGUGAACGAUGCCACUGUGAAGUUUGAGAUUUGGGAUACAGCGGGUCAGGAACGGUACCAUAGUUUGGCUCCAAUGUACUACAGAGGUGCUGCUGCUGCAAUCAUUGUUUUUGAUGUUACGAAUCAGGCUUCGUUUGAGAGGGCAAAGAAAUGGGUUCAGGAACUGCAGGCACAAGGUAACCCUAAUAUGGUCAUGGCCCUUGCUGGAAACAAAUCUGAUUUAUUAGAUGCAAGGAAGGUGACAGCAGAGGUAAGCAAGUCCUUCUCUGUCCUGACUGAUUUUUCUCAUUAUGAGGUUAGGAUUUUACUGUCAAAUAUAAAGUUGAGCUAUGUGUGUGUAAUAGCUGAUCAUCAUGUUGAACGUGUUAAGCUGUAUUUUGAAAUUUCACAUGUCACGUUUGACAGGAGUCAGAACAUUAGGUGAUAUCUCUUUGUUGUAAAAUUACAAUCUACCUUAUUGACAUUAACCUGACAAACCAAGCCACCUAAACCGACCCCACACACUUAACAAAUCAUAAAUUAGGCUUGUUGUAUAGACAGUUAAUGUUUCAUUAAGAAGUAUAGUGCAGUUUUCUCUAACCAGCUUUGGAGAAUGAUAUAUAUGUUUUCAUAUGACCUUUCUUAUCCCGCAAUCCCGCAAGUCCAUAUUUUACUGUCUUAUGCCAAAAGCCUAGAUUUUAGAUAAGUAGCAUUUCUCAAGACUGAUCCUUUUGAAGUAUCUGUUAGAAUCAUUUACGUUGUGCAUUAAAGUUCAGUUGUGACUUGCAAAGGACAGAAAAACACAGUUCUGUUGUGUGUCAGAGAUAUGCAUCUCUAAUGAAGUAGACAUUAUAUACAUAGACAAUGAUGCACAAACAUAUGCUCAGGAAAACGGUCUUUUCUUCAUGGAAACUUCAGCAAAAACCGCUACUAAUGUCAAAGAGAUAUUCUAUGAAAUCGCAAGAAGGCUACCGCGAGUACAGCCAACAGAAAACCCAACAGGAAUGGUUCUGCCAGACAGGGCCAUGGAUAGGGCAGUGAGCUCAUCUUGUUGUGCUUAGUUAUAUUGUGUAAUGGCACACACUUCUCUUAAAAAGAGAUCUUUUGGUCACUUUAAAGUUAUGGACUUCUGUGUUUGCGUCUCUUUGCUUUGUUUUACGUAUUUGAGAUUUGAUCUCCACUAUUUUGUAAAUAAAUCUAAUACUCAACUAAGUAACUAAGUGCGUGAGGGGGCUAUGGAUCCAUUUGUCAUAACGCAAAUAUUUUCAAGUUAUAGAAACUCUAAAAUAAACUCAAACAUGCCU